AAUAUAUAUAAGUUAUAUAUAAGUUACCCAAAAUGUAUGCUAAUAUCGAGCAAAAAAAAGUUGCUGAUGUACUCAAUGCCAAGAAGUACAAAAUUUAGCAGUAGAAAUAGCAAAAAUUAUAACAUCUUGGAAGGAUGGGUACAAUCGAUCAUGGCUAAUCUGAGACAUAGCUCCAGUUAGUUUUACAAGGUGUUAAAGCUAACCAAGAAAUAACUAAAAUUAGCCAAAAUGUAUUCAAACAUAAGAUCAUAAAGUUGCUGAUAUACUAACAGCAAAAAAAGAGACAAUUUAGCGAUGCAAACAAUUUUGGCAGGAUAGAUAAUAAAAAAAAUCGUAGCUAAAAUGAGACAUAGCUUUUAUAAUGUAAAGUCCAAGAAAAUGUGUUUUGUUCUCAUUUAGCAAUUCAGGUCGAUUUCUUUACCUCGGCUAAAUUUCAAGAUGUUUAUGACUUUAUGCUACGUUUGGCUAACAUUCCGUAAUUAUUAGCUAAGGUUUUGCUGCUGCAUUUUAGCUUUAGCAUUAGCUGGAUCGUAGAGACUCAAAAAACCCCUUCAAUAAAGUUCAGACAACAACACAAAUUAGCAACAGGUUCAGCCUGGAGUGUCAUGACCACAGAGAUAAUACACUGAAUUGAAGGUUAGCAGAUUUCUGGUCUUCGUAUUUCAUCUCAAGGGUUCGACAGGACAAUGAUCUUUGGCCAUUUGUGCAGAUACAGAUAUUUAAAGCAUCUGCCAUGAAACCUGAGGUUCAGGCCUUAAUGUAGAUAUUUAUUUCCUUCACAAAGUCAGAGGGUUGUAACGGGGCCAUUGAAAAAAAACAAAAAUCGAUGCUGGUUGCAGCAUGGCAGCCAAAGUAUUGGGUAGAGUUUCACAUUCUAUAUUUAAGCCUGGUGACUUGUGUCCCUGCUGCUCUAUUUAAAUGCCACAGACCCUCUGUCAAAACAGAGUAGGGGGUUCGUUACAAUAUGAUGGACCUUUUUGAGACCAGCACUUAUCUUUUCCACGAUUUGCGCUAUUUGGAGGAAGGGGAUCAUGGAGCGCUACAGCAUUUGGAAAUGUCUGGAGUUUCUCCUCUGUACCACGGAAACCACAGCCCUCUGUCUCCAGGUCAGGAUAAUAAUAACGACGACAAUGUCCCGUCUGAGCCGGGAGGGGAGAGCAGCGGUGAGGAACACGUCCUCGCCCCUCCUGGUCUCGGGGAACACUGCGACGGCCAGUGCCUCAUGUGGGCCUGUAAGAUCUGCAAGAGGAAGUCGGCGCCAACGGACAGACGGAAGGCGGCCACGCUACGGGAGAGGAGGAGGCUGAAGAAGAUCAACGAGGCCUUCGAUGCUCUCAAAAGGAAGACAGUGGCCAAUCCCAACCAAAGGCUGCCCAAGGUGGAGAUCCUACGGAGCGCCAUCAGCUACAUUGAGAAGCUACAGGAGCUGCUGCAGACGCUGGACGAGCCGGAGGAACGAUCACACUCCUCAUCCCAAAAUUCCAACAUCAAAGACCAGAAUUUUGCUAUAAGGCAGUGGAAGAAGUCCUCUGAACCCUGGCUGACCUCUGCUGACCAUUCCACCAUCACAACGUCCACAAAAAGAGAAGGACCCAGCGGCUCGUCCUCUGCGUCCUCCAGCCUCCUGCGCCUGUCCUCCAUCGUGAACAGCAUCAGCAGCGAGGACAAGAUCCGCCGCAGCGAAGACGUCUCAGGAAACUGACAUGUCCACGUGUACGUGGCGUCUGAAACUGUCUGAAAUAUUCCUCUGUGCUGUAUUUUUACAUUUUUAUAUCAACUGUUUGUAAAUGUAUUUAUUUUCUAUUUAAAUGUUUGUACAUAGCAGAAAUUAAAUUGAAAAUAAAAAGUUAUUCGCUACUAAAGUAGUGACAGUUUACGCUGUCCCUUCCCUGCCAACACACGCCCAUAAAAACCCCUUCUAAGCUGCACUGACGAGUCUGUGGUCAGACUCCUUCUCUUCUUUUUUUCUGACCGCUCUCCAGCAGAUCUGAUCCCACAACAGAAACUUGAGUCCAGUGCAAACACACCACUGAGUCUCCUCCUCCUCCUC